AUGCGGUGGCCUAGGAAGAAAAAAUACGGUGGUCCUGAUAAACAUGAGGUGGCAGGGAUGAAGAUCAACGGAGAAGGCGAUGUACUCGACGGUGGCGCCAUCCCAAAAAGUUCUGAUCUCAAAUCUUUUACACUUUCUUGCUCGUCUGGAAAUAGUGACGAACAGGGUUUUUAUGAUGACAACAUUGGUGCUCGCAGCGGCGCAAAGAAGUGCUCUGGCGUGACCUUCAAGCUGAAGCGAGGUAACUCCUUUUCUUCUUCUGCCUUUGAGAACUCAAGUAUUUCUGAAGGAUUUUUUGUGAAAGGGAAAAUGAUGACAGUAUUAGAUUAA